AAAUCGAACAAACAUGGCGCUUCCAAAUUUGAAGUGUUUGAUUUCGCGAGAAAAUUUACACCAAAUAGGAACAUUGUUUUUCCUUCAUGGUGAAGGAUACACCGCAGAUAGCUCAAGAAAGGUUCUAAAAUCUUUGCUUCACAGAGAAUUCGAUUUUGACCACCUACGAGUGAUUUAUCCACAAGCCCCUGACAUCACGUACAGGGUCGCUACAGGAGGAGAAGAUAAGGGUAUGUGGUAUGAGCGGAACACGUUUAGUCCCACUGAUUGGGAGAAAAUAGAUUCGAUAAACCAUUCAUGUACUUUGAUUAGCCAGCUGAUCAACCUGGAGAAAUCUCGUGGGAUUCCACUACAGAAUAUCAUCGUCGGUGGAUUUGGUAUGGGGGGAAUAAUCGCCAUGCAUACUGCGUACAGGUUUCACCCUGAAAUUGCUGGAGUUUUCACACAUUCCUCCAUCUUGUCGCCAAGAUCGAUUGUGCUAGAGACAAUAAGGACAGACCUCCAACUCAAUAAAGACAAAAAAUUCCCUGCAUUGUGGAUGUGGUAUGGUCGUAAAGAUAAAAACUGGUUAAGAUGGGCUGUGCACACUGCAGAGUGUUUUAUGGACCUGAAAAUCCAGACUAAUUUCCAGGUCAACUAUGCCAUGCAAGGACAUGAAAUCAUUCCAGAUGAAGUCAAUUACUUGAAGGAAUGGGUUGAACAAAUUAUCCCUAAUCCUGGGAGGGGAAUUGAGAAAGAAACAAGCUAAAAUAUGUCUUGGUGAUUGGAUGUUCGGCAAAAGGAAUUUCAGGAUAAUAAUCCUUGCUAGAGACCCCUAAGGAAGGUACACUAACUGUUAUUAGCUAUGUAAGGAUAUGCCUUCCCAAAGGGUAAGGUAUCGGAAACUUAUUUUUCCCUUUAAAUCCAUCACUUCAUCUUCAAACGAAACAGAGAGAAAGAAGUAAAGUUAUGAACCAAAUCAUUUAACGCGCGGGGCGCUUAUCCUAAUUUGGAAGCUCAUUUGCAGACAGGUCGCUUAAUUAUCUUUACGUAUUGUGAUUUUAUAUUUUUGACCACAAUGCUAAAUGAAAAAACAGCAACGUGCAACAACUGCCGGAGAAAGUACUUGUUAUUCUUUGAUCCUUGCAGCUAUGACUCUUUCGGUGCUAACGAGAACGUCGUCAAGAAAAAAGUUUUUAUGAGAAAAAAACUCUGCACUUGCGUUAUAUAUCCUCGUACUUCUCUUAGACGUCUUCUG